AUGGCACGCGAAGGUGGCGAAAAGCGCAAGAAGCAAUGGAUGAGCGGCCGUGACGGCAACCAGAAGCGCCAUAAGGGCGCUCUGGGUGCUGCAGCUAACGCUAAAGGCCAUGGCGCUGUCCUGGUGACGUGCGACAAAAUUAAAGAACGACAGAGUGUCAGUGACGCCCUGAAUAUUCUGAACGAGGCGGCCGAUCGCUUCUUCCCAGCGCCUGAAGAGGCGAAUCAGGACACCGAGGAGGACGGAGUAGGUGAAGGAGAUUCCGUGCAAAAGAAACUUCAGGAAGAGAUUGCAGCGCUGCAAACGCAGGCCAAAAAGCGUCAAACUGGCAGGUUCACGGCCCUCGACACAGGCGUCAAAGGCGCCGUGUUGAUCCAAUUCAAGGACGACCGUCUGUCGCCCACUGCUCUUCUAAGCAAGGUGUUUGAGGAAGUGGAAAGCACCAAGGACUUUGCGUCCAGGUUCAUCCAGAGGAUGAUUCCAUUGGAGAAGGUUGGCUAUUCUAGUGUGGAGGCCAUCAAGGAACUUGCUGGUCCGAUGAUAAAGGCGCAUCUGGAGGCGUUUAAGGACGAGCAGAAAGCUGCUGGAAAGGACGAGACCUUUGAGUUUGCUGUUGAGUUCAAGCGACGUAACUGCACUAACCUGAUCAGCAUGGACGUCAUCGACACUCUUGUGGACCUGGUUGGUGAAGAGAAGACCAAGGUGAAUCUCACCGCGCCCCGCUCUGUCCUGAUGGUUGAAGUCUUUCGGAACACAUGUGGCUUCAGCAUCUUGACGGACUUUCACCGAUUCAAGAAAUACAAUGUGCGUUCUAUCAUCGACCCACCAGUGCCAGGUCAACAGACUGCAAAGAAGAGCGGCAAGACUGAUGAUUCGAAGGAGGAACACGUGAAGGAAGAGCACGCUGUUGAGACCAAGGAGAAGACAGUGAAGGUAGAAUAA